AUGACUGCUGCCGGCUUCCGCUGGAACGUCUUCUCCAGCCUUCCCGAGGGAAUGACUCUGCGCUCUCGCGCUGAAGCGGCCCUUGAAGGCACGAAUUGGGACGCCUUGCUCGAGUACGCAUCCAAACUCCGCGAUGGCACCGAAUGCAAACUGCUGCCGGACAUCGGUAUGGGCGCUAACAACAUGGUUCGCGUCAUCGAGUUCAACUACGGCAAACGCUGGGCUGCUCGAGUUCUCUAUGACGAGGAGGUCGCCUUUCUCAACUUCAUUCGCGAAUCUUCCAACGUUCCCGUGCCCAUGACCUAUGCUCACGAAACCGCUGAUACGGUUGGAGUUCAUGCCCCUUUCAUUCUCAUGGAGUGCGUGGAAGGCAACGUAGGAACAGACAUACGAGCGAAAGACGCUUUCUUCGACAGCAUUGCCGACGUUCACGUCGAGCUAUCAACUGUCUUGCUGCCCAAGAUCGGCUGUGUGGUCGGCAAGAACGAGGAUGGUACCUACAUCCAAGGACCAAUCUGGCAGCUGGAUGCACCCCCUACUACCACAAUCCCUGGCAUUGGCGGCCCUUUUGAUAUGGCAAUCGAGUUCUUCCAAGCCUGGUCGAAGAACACGCCGUUCGGCAAUGGCAACCAUAUUCCUCAUCUGUUGGCCAUGGGCGGGUUGGUGGCACAGAUGCCCGCGUCAAUUGAAGCAUUCCGAGCAGCCAUCAUAGAACUAGCUGGCAAGAUAUCGGUCUGCGACAAAGGUUCGUUCCCAAUCUGGCACAACGAUUGCGGUAACAACAACAUUAUCAUGGACGACAACUUCCGUGUGCUGGGCGUCGUUGACUGGGAAAUGGCCUAUGCUGCGCCCUGGGAAGUUUUCGGAGAUUAUCCACUGUUCGUUGGGGGCAUUCCUCGGGCGAUGGAUGCACCGUGGGUCUGGGAUGAGCAAGGCAACCCUCUCGAUGAACGGAGCAAGCUCUGCGCAAAGCAUGAGAAACAAUAUCUUGCUGCUGUCAUCCGAGCGGAAGAAAAGCGAGGACUGACCUUGGAGAACCAUAUGCAUCUUCUGUCUGCAGCGCUCCAAGACACCAAGAGACAUGCACUGGCAAAAGCAAUGUGGCUUUUCGAAGGGGGCAAACAGGGGUUUUACCACUUGGUCACUGAAGAACUCGCUCAGAGUCUUCUAAAGGACCAUGAGGUCAGCGACGUCAAAGAAGAUGUUACCACCGCAUCGUCCAGUGGCACCUCCCCGAGCACGAUUUAG